GCCUUGAUGUCCGCUCCCCUGCUAGCUACCCCAUCCCUCGACGACACUUACGGGGCAAUUCUUAUAGGACUUGUAGGCGCGUCUACAUUGUUUGGUUUCAGCACUGUGCGGUCUUUUAUAUAUCUUCGAAACCAUACCCAUGAAGCUCGAUUCACACUUUGGAAAGUCGUCGUGUGGAUGUUAUGGUUCAUGGAUACCUUGCACCUUGCAUUCAUCGUUCAUAUGACUUACGUCUAUCUCAUCACGGACUAUGCCGAUAUACUCUCCUUAGCUUGGGUGGUUUGGAGCUUCAAGGCACAUGUUGUUGUCGCUGUGGUUGUGAUAAUCCCUCUAAUUACUGUGUUAAUAUGGGCAACAUUCAACUGCAACCUGUGGACUGACCUGACGCAUUUGGAGUGGGCGGUCUAUACUACAUUUGCUAUAACCGCCGUGGUCGACAUAUUCAUUGCCGGUUCCCUAUGUUAUCUCUUGGCCUCCACACGUACAGGUUUCGCAUCGCCCGACUCCAUCGUGUUAAAGAUCAUGACCUUCGUCUUAGACACGGGUCUUUUGACAAGUAUCUGCUCUCUCACCAUUAUCAUUACGUGUGCAGCCAUGCCUCACAACUUCAUUUUCCUCGGCGUUGAUCUUGCUGUCAUCGAGCCAAUGAUGAACGCUCGAUACUAUAUUGGAGCGGAUGGGGUGGCUGGAGCGUCUGCCGAUGAGCUGAAGCUCAGUCGUUCCAUGUCAGGAAUCCCUGGGCUCAAUCUGGAAGCGGCGGUAACGGCUCGGGAGCGCUCAGCGAGCGAGUCGGUGCAACCUCUGAGUCUCCAAGGAUGUGGCAGAGACUUAUCCUUCCCUGGCCCCCGUCCAUAUCGCUCCGGAACGUAGUGCUAAAAAUGGACGGUUUUCCUCAUCUACAUGUCAAAUAUGAGUGUUUCCACUCCGGUUACUUUCAUGAAUCGCCUAGAUACUGUUGAUCGUGUAACUUAUGUAUCCGCCACUUUAGCAUCGCUAAAUCUAGACAAUGAAAACG